AUGGGAAACUGUUCUACAUCAUCAUCAGUGGAGUUACCAACGACUGAGCCACAACAAAAUCAAACUGAAAAUCACACAAGAAAUGACAAUGAAAUAAAUGUUUAUCUAGAACGUGCUAAACAAGAAUUCGAAGCUAAAUACACACAAUCAUCGAAACAAAUUAUCAAGUUAGAAGACUUUCAGUUGGAACGAACCAUUGGUAUGGGAGUGUUUGGUCGUGUCAUGUUAGCAAAAUAUGAAAAUAAAACAUUGGCAUUAAAAAUCAUGGAAAAACAAAGCAUUGUUGAACUUGGCCAAGUCGAGCAUAUUCUAUCCGAAAAACGUAUCUUACAAGCAAUCAAUUUUCCAUUUAUUGUCAGUUUAGUGUAUUCAUUCAAAGAUAAUGCUCAUCUAUAUUUGGCACUUGAAUUUGCCAGUGGAGGUGAAAUGUUCGUUUAUUUUAGGCGUGUGGAAAAAUUUCCGGAAGAUCAAGUACGAUUUUAUACUGCACAAAUUGUACUUAUUUUGGAAUAUUUACACUAUUUGAUUGAUGGCUACUUGAAACUAACUGAUUUUGGCUUGGCUAAAGUUGUGCAUGAUCGAACAUUCACACUAUGUGGAACACCCGAGUAUUUAGCACCUGAGAUUAUCAUGGGUAGAGGUUAUAAUAAAAGUAUCGACUAUUGGGCACUGGGCAUCUUAAUCUACGAACUAGCAGCGGGUUUUUCUCCAUUUCAAGAUGAAGAUCCAAUGAAAAUCUAUACAAACAUUCUUCGAGGUACAUUCAACAUUCCAGAACACUUUUCAUCUGAUCUCAUAGAUUUAAUACAUAAAUUGCUUCAUUGUCAUCCAGCGAAGCGUUAUGGUAAUUUACGGAACGGUGUAAAUGAUAUAAAAAAUCAUCCAUGGUUUUCUUCGAUCGAUUGGAUUGAUCUAUUUAAAAAGCGUAUCAAAGCACCUUAUGUACCAGAAGCUGAUAAAGAUCACUAUGAAACCUACGAAGAGAAUCAGUUGACACAUGCUGAAACCAAUUUGUAUCCAACUGAAUUUGACAGUUUCUAG